AUGGCUUCCAAACUCACCAAUUUCCAUUUCUCAUCAUCAUAUUCAUAUGCAGCUGCAUUAUUCAUUGCAACAAUGAGCUGCACCAAUGUCCUCGUAACCGAGGGUGUAAUCGGCGUAAAUUGGGGCCGGCAAAACGCACAGCGGCUAAUACCUUCCGUGGUGGUCGAUCUCCUCCUCCAAAACCAUGUUCCCGCGGCCCGAAUCUACACAACCGAGCCCGACAUACUCGAGGCUUUCGUCGGUAGCGGCAUCAACCUCGCCAUUACCAUUUUCGAUGUCAGCAAAGUCGCCACUUACGAGGAUGCUCGGUCGACGGUCGACCGCAAGUCCGCAUGGUUCGACCCCUCCAACAUAACGCGAGUCUACGUCGGGAACCAGAUGUUUGCGCCGAUACUAAACGACACGAAACUACAGAGCAAGGCAGUCGACAUGCUUAACAACACACAAAGGGCGCUCAACGAUGCCGGCUAUAGCCACGUGAAGGCGACCUUGACCCAUCCUUUCUUCGUACUAAACCACAACUUCACGAGGCCUUCCGAAGCCGAGAUCAACGUCUUGGUCCACGAGCAGUUCAUGAGGUACCUCGACAUCGUCAGAGCCAGCGGGGCCCCCGUCUGCGUCGACCUCUUCCCGAUCGAGAUCAUGCGCGCCCUCGGCAUUCACGACUUCGACUUUGCCUUCGCCGACAACCGAUCAACCCACGUCGUGACCGACGUCGGGGGCGCAGUGUACACCAACGCGUUCGAGUUCAUGUACGACUCCUUCAUGUGGGCCCUCGAGAAGGUCGGGGCCCACGACGUGGAGGUCGUCGUCACCCAGAUCGGGUGGCCCACUGACGGGUACCCGAACGCCAGCGCAGCCAACGCCGAGCGGUUCUACAAGGCCCUCCUCCCGCUCGUCUCCAGCGGCCGAGGGACACCCAAGCGGCCAGGCAAGCACAUCGACGUUUACGUGCACGCGCUCACGGACGAGAACAAGAACCCGCCAAACGUGCCCUACGGGCGGCAUUGGGGGAUCUACCGGUCCAACGGGGAGCCGAAAUACCGGGUCGACCUAACGGGUCAGGGUCGGGACGUGCUCCCGGCACGGGCCCGUGAUAUCAACCGGAUGCCCGAGCGGUGGUGCGUGUUGGACCCGUCAUUGGCGGACGACGAGAGGGUCGAGGCAGAGUAUAGGGUCGCGUGCGGUGGGGGGGACUGCACGAGCAUGAGCACGGGAGGGUCGUGCAGCGGGCUCGACAAGUGGCAGAACGUGUCGUACGCGUUCAACAUGUAUUUCCAGGCAAAGUUUCAAAACGAGAAGGAGUGCACGUUCGGAGGGCUCGGGAAGGUCGUGACGGAAGACCCGUCGGCGGGUGAGUGCGUGUUCCCGGUGGAGGUCGUGAAGGGGCAGCAGAAUAACUACGCUCCCAAGCGUGCCGAUGGGAGUAGAGUUCAUGAGGUGCCUAGGUUUGAUAUGAUACUUGUGCUUUUGGUUUCAACCCUUAUAGGCUUUUGUUUUGAUGAUGUUCAUCAGAUGGCAUCAUUGCUGCAAACUGAUCUUGUAAUUAGAAUAAGCGAUUUCCCUUACGGUUGUCGGCAAUAUUACUGUCGAGACAGAGGGCACGAUAGGGAACAACUGGGGACGACAAAACGCGCAGAGGCUCGUCCCGUCAAUGAUCAAAAUGUCAAAGCCCUCAAUAUUUUCCACAGCAAUGCAGUCGACAUGCUUAACAACACACAAAGAGCGCUCAACGAUGCCGGCUUUAGCCACGUGAAGGCGACCAUGAGCCAUCCUUUCUCCGUACUAAACAACCAAUUCACGAGGCCUUCCGAGGCCGAGAUCAACGUCUCCGUCCACGAGCAAUUCGUGAGGUACCUCGACAUCGUCAGAGCCAGCGGCGCCCCCGUCUGCAUCAACCUCUUCCCGGUCGAGAUAAUGCGAGCCCUCGGCAUUCACGACAUCGACUUCGCCUUCGCCGACAACCGGUCGACCCACGUCGUGACCGACAUCGGGGGCACCGUGUACACCAACGCGUUCGAGUUCAUGUACGACGCCUUCGCGUGGGCCCUCGAGAAGGCCGGGGCCCACGACGUGGAGGUCGUCGUGACCCAGAUCGGGUGGCCCACCGACGGGUACCCGAACGCCAGCGCAGCCAAUGCCGAGCGGUUUUACAAGGCCCUCCUCCCACUCGUCUCCGGCAGCCGGGGGACACCCAAGCGGCCGGGCAAGCACAUUGAUAUUUACGUGCACGCGCUCAAGGACGAAAACAAGUACCCGCCCGACCGGCCCUACGGGCGGCAUUGGGGGAUCUACAGGUCCAACGGGGAGCCGAAAUACCGGGUCGACCUAACGGGCCAAGGUCGAGACGUGCUCCCGGUCCGGGCCCGCGGGAUUAAUCGGAUGCCCGAGCGGUGGUGCGUGUUGGACCCGUCGUUGGAGGACGACGAAAGAGUCGAAGCAGAGUAUAGGGUCGCGUGCGGUGGAGGGGACUGCACGAGCAUGUACACGGGAGGGUCGUGCAGCGGGCUCGACAGGUGGCAGAACGUGUCGUACGCGUUCAACAUGUAUUUCCAGGCAAAGUUUCAAGACGAGAAGGAGUGCGAGUUCGGAGGGCUCGGGCGAGUCGUGACUGAAGACCCGUCGACGGGCGGGUGCGUGUUCCCGGUGGAGGUCGUGAAGGGGCAGCAGAAAAACUACACUCCCAAGCGUGCCGAUGGGAGUAGAGUUCAUGAAGAGCAGAAAGACUACACUCCCAAGCGUGCCGAUGGGAGUAGAGUUCAUGAAGUGCCUGCGAUUUUCUUUACGGUUAUCGGCAAUAUUAUUGUCGAGACAGAGGGCACGAUAGGGAUCAACUGGGGACGACAAAAUGCGCAGAGGCUCGUCCCAUCAAUGGUGGUCGACGUGCUUUUGCAGAACCAAGUCCCGGCUGCAAGAGUUUACUCGACACAAGAAGACAUAUUAGAGGCGUUUGCAUGGAGCGGGAUUAACCUCACAAUCACCAUUUUUGACAUCACAAAGGUUUCGAAUGAGAAUGACUCGAAAGCAUGGGUACAGAACAAAAUCCACUGGCUCGAUGAUGCAAGCAUAAGACACGUUUACCUCGGGAACCACGCGUUCAUCCAAGGAAUAAACAACUCGACCAUCCAAACGACGGCGGUUGAGGCCGUCAGGCACGUGCAGGCAGCCCUAGGCGACGCGGGCCACGGGGACAUAAAAGUAACCCUACCUAACCCCAUCCAAAUACUCAAGGGCAACAUCACCAAACCCUCCGAAGCCGAGCUCAAAGACUCCAUCCGAGACGAGUUCGGGAGAUUCCUCAAGCUUCUCCAAGCAAGUGGGGCCCACCUCGCCAUCGAGCUUUUCCCCAUCGACAUCAUGUUGUGGCUCGGAAUCGACGACCCGAGCUUCGCGUUCGCCGACGGCCGCUCGACUCACGUCGUGACCGACGUGCGAGGAGCCGUGUACACGAACGUGUUCGAGUUCGCGCAUGAUGCCUUCGCGUGGGCCGUCGAGAAGGCGGGAGCACCCGAUGUGGAGAUUGUCGUGAGCCACAUCGGGUGGCCUACGGAUGGCUACUCGAGCGCUAGCGUGGCCAAUGCCGAGCGAUUUUACAAGAGUUUGCUCCCGCUCGUCGCUAGCAGCCGAGGGACCCCCAAACGGCCCGACAAGCCUAUCAAUAUCUUCCCCAAGUACCGGAUAGACCUGACGGGGCAAGGAAGGAAUAUUUUCCCAGUGAAUGCUCGUGGGAUUAUGCGGAUGCCCCAACGGUGGUGCAUGUUGGACCACGAGAAGGCGGCUGGGGACAGGACAAAAGUGCAGGUUCACUAUGAGAAGGCGUGUGGGCCCAAGGGUGGGGACUGCACGAGCCUGGCGCCUGGGGGCUCGUGCAGUAGGCUCGAUGAUAUGGAGAAGGUUUCUUAUGCGUUCAAUAUGAAUUUCCAGUCUCACUUUCAAGAUGAGGAGCAGUGUUGGUAUGAGGGGCUCGGGAAGGUAGUCACGGAGGACCCGUCGAGGGGGACCUGCGUUUUCCCGGUCGAGGUUGUCAAGGGUCAACAGGACAAUUUCAAGAAUUAG